AACACCUUGAACCAUCGCGGACACAUUGCAACCAGUCGCUGCCGGAUCUGCGCUGGGUAAACCUCUUGAAAUCGUGCAGCGGAAAAUACGAAGAGCUUUCGAGCCACUCCCGUCACAAUGGUCAACCUUUUCAAGCGGAUGCGGAAGCUGAAAACUAUCCUCAAUGUCCGCGUCGGAGAGGGAGCGGCCAUCCUGCCGGCCGCCGCAUCGGCGACGAAGGAAUUCCCGGCGAUCACGCGGCUGCACCUGACCUACGCCCGCAAGAUGUACAACGGCCACCAAGGGGCGCGGCAUUUCUGGCGCAACUGCCUGCCGCGACUCAAGUACUACAACCCGGCGAUUCCGAUGACGGUCCGGCAGACGGACGACCAGGAGGGCCCGGCCGCCCUGACCGUCUACUUCGCCCAGCAGGCCAGCAAGACGGCGGGCCUGCUCGCCACCGCGGAGCUCAAGGACACGCACGCCCCCGCGCCCGCCGACAACGAGACCGCCGCCGCCCUCGACGUCCGAGGACUCGGCUACUCCGAGAUCUGGACCAAGGUCAAGAAGCUGACCGGCGCCGAGGAGGUCCCCGCCACGGCCGAGGAAUUGGCCGAACUCAAGGAGCUGGAGCGCUUGCGGGCCAAGGCGGUCGAGGACCGCGCUCGUAUAGCUGCGCUCCGCCAGGCUAAGAAGGACCAGGAGCGCAUGUUGCAGGAGGCUAGGGGUGAGCUUGAGAAGAUGAGACAGAGCUAGAUACAGUUUGUCUUUCUUUUUCUCCUUCUUGGGGAGUUUGCCUGGCUGUUUUGUGGUGUUGCGCCCAUAUAUUGCGGUCUUCUCUCUCUUUUUUCUUCUUAUUGUGUCGUUCGCCAACCCUCCCGUCUUUUUUUUUUUGUUGUGUCCUCGGAGGUGUGUCAUAUAUCUCUGCUUUCCAGAUGGGGUUACAGUUUAGGUUUGUGGGGUUCACGACUUGGUCAUGGUCACUUGUAGCAUAGCAUUUCAC